CUUCGCUGCUUUGACAUCAACUUUUUCAUGGAAACACAACAGAAAUAUGGAGCCUACCUCACAGGUGUCACUCCCAGAAAAGGAAGUAAAGAAACAAGGUAGGAUUACAACCAUUGGAUGCAUGUGUGUUUCCAUUUUGUCUGUACAGUACACAUGCAUAUGGAUCAUGCUCUAUUUGUAGCCAUGUCUUUGCAUGUGUGUCCAUGUUCAGAUCAGGACUUUUAAUGUGUGCUUUCUCGCAGAGGCUGAUGGCACAGUCUACAUGAAUUUCAUGAAAAGUCACAGCUGCUACGAUGCCAUUCCAACCAGCUGUAAACUGGUCAUAUUUGAUACCAAGCUACAAGUGAAGAAGGCCUUCUAUGCACUGGUGGCAAACGGCUUGAGGGCGGCACCUUUAUGGGACAGCAAGUUACAGAGAUUUGUAUGCUGACCAUUACAGAUUUCAUCAACAUCCUGCAUUGCUAUUACAAGUCCCCCUUGGUUCAAAUGUACGAGCUGGAGAGCCACAAGAUUGAGACAUGGAGAGGUGAUUCAUUUCAAAAUGUCCACUUGCAGUGUUUCAAUCACUUCCUCAUUUACAUCACUCCAGAAGCCAGUCUUUUUGAUGCCAUCUAUUCGUUACUGAAGAAUAAGAUCCACAGGCUGCCAGUCAUCGACCCAGUGUCUGGAAAUGUCUUGCACAUCCUCACCCACAAAAGAAUCCUCAAGUUCCUCCAUAUAUUUGGGAAAACCGUUCCAAAGCCUGCUUUCAUUGGAAGGCAGAUCCAGGAGCUGAGGAUUGGGACAUUUACUAACAUCGCCACUGUUCAGCAAACUGCCACGCUGUUCGAUGCCCUCUCCAUUUUUGUGGAGAGACGGGUGUCUGCACUACCUGUGGUGGAUGAACAAGGCAGAGUGGUGUCUCUCUACUCGAGAUUUGAUGUGAUUAAUAUAGCAGCCCAGAAGACUUACAACAAUCUGGACAUGCCUAUGCACGAGGUUGUUCGCAGGCGCUCAUGUUUUGUUGAAGGAGUGAUUAAAUGCUACCCUUAUGAAACCUUGGAAAUCAUCCUAGAUCGUAUAGUCAGAGCUGAGGUCCAUCGGCUGGUUCUGGUGGACAGGUCUGACGUGGUGAGGGGCAUCAUCUCUCUGUCCGACCUGCUGCAGGCCAUGGUGCUCUCCCCUGCAGGUAUUGAUGCCCUUUACUCCUAGCACCAGGGGCCAGAGGGGCCCCUCUCCCCUUUACCAGCUGUGUAGACUUGAGCCCUGGCAGCGUAUCCAGCCAGAAAUCUAUCUGUGACUGAAAUGAGAGAUCACAUGGGACGAUGAGCUGUUGUUUACACAAAGAUUUCUUUCAUGAUCUGUGUGCUGUGUUCAGGUAACAACAAAGGACAGUGAGCUGACCUUGAUACCACGACUCUCUAUAGGUCUCCAGCACGAUGGCAAUAUUGGCUGCAUUUGAUCAAAUUGAUCAAUAUGUUUUUACACAAUACU